GAAAAUCAAACAUAAAUAUUCCGCGAAAUUUGGAGGGAGAAGAAUACUCCACAGUAAACUUGGGAUCUUUGAAGAAACGAAAGCGUGACCAAUGCGAAUCGAAAUCGGAUAAAGCGUUCUGGGUUGGGUUCUCUGCGUUUUCUCUCGAAGCAUUAGAAUUAUGGAGCGUUUGCAGAAGUUGAUUGGGAAAAUCCCGAAAGAACCCCCAAAAUUGGGCUCCGCUUCGGCUUCCUUCGACCCUCACCGUGGGACUGAAGGUCUCGCCGCUGCUCUGUCUUCCUCCGAUCAGUCUCGUAUUUUGCUCAACAGACCCGCCAGGCAAUUGGUGUCACUGUGGACGUGCUCAAAGCUUUGUACAAUUUGCUUUGUUGCUGGAAUUGUGGUUGGUUACACGCUGAAGCGACGUGUCCGAAGUUGGACUUCCAAACUUCUCAAGAAGAUCAGAGAUGAUUGAUUGCUACUGGAUCUCUUUAUAUGAAUCCAUCUAAUGUGUUGCUCUCCAUAGAAGAACGAUUCUCCACCAAUAGUUGUUUGCUCUAGAGGGUGCAAUUUUGAUUAGCUUCCCGAGGUUAUACUAACCCUGCAUCUGACCUGAUUAACAGAUAUUGUUAGCCUUCGGCUUUCUAUUAUGUUAAUGAUAAAUUUUACGAGUUAAC